ACGGACUCCCAGGCGAGUUGAGUCAGAUGUGUGUGUGUAUGUGUGUAAAGCACUGCUCUCUACUCUGCCUGGGCUCUUUUCCGGUACUCAAACAUGGCUGCAGCUGUUGCCAAACACAAGCAUUUCACUCACGACUAUCAUAUUAAGCAGUCGAGAUACGCGGUUAAGGAAUACUCCAGCUCUGCAGUCGAAGAAGUGAGAUAUGAAUACCGAACAGAGAAGAACAUCCGGAAUGUGGUGCAGAAGAAGAUUCCAGAAAAGUACAUCCGUGAAUCAUCUAUGAUUAGAGGCCCCAGGUUCCUGGUGAGGCUCAGGUCACAUACCGUGUUUGAAAACACUUCUGUGAAGCUGUGCUGCACCGUGGAAGGCUACCCGAGCCCACAAGUCAAAUGGUUCAAGGAUGAUGUCCUGAUUGAUAUUUCUUCUGGAAAAUACUUUGUGGAGAGCAAUGCUGGGAUCCACUGCCUGAACAUCAUCAAGUGUGGGAUUGAUGACACUGCUCAGUAUACGGCCGUUGCCGUUAAUACUCACGGCCAGGCCUCCUCUCAGGCUGCAGUGAUUGUCAAGAGGGCCAAAGAUGAAGAGAAAGUCAUCCCCUUUUCUUGGAUGCCUUAUGAAUACUCAAUUUUGCCAGAGAUUAAAUAUACAAAGAUCAACAUCACUUUUCUGGAGACGUUCGAUGUGGUAUUCGGUAAAGAGGAGGAGUGUGUGACUCUCUCCUGUAAGAUGACUAUCAGCCCCAAUCUUGCCAAUCUGCAGCCCGAAGCCCGUUGGUACAGAGACGAGCACCUUUUGAAGGAGUCGAAGUGGGUGAAAAUGGAGUCUGGUGGAGGUGUCGCUAAGCUCACACUGACUCACCUCGCCAAGGAUGAUGAGGGCCUUUAUACCCUGCGCAUGGUGACCAAAGGAGGAGAUGCAGUGCACAAGGCUUACGUCUAUGUGGAAGAUGGCCCCCCUCCAGUUCCUUUGGCCCCUGGAGCCCCCAUGGACAUUAAGAUCCAUGAUGCCAACAGGGAUUAUGUCAUUAUUUCCUGGAAGCCACCCAACACGACCACCGAGGGCCCCAUCAUUGGAUACUUUGUUGAUAGAUGCGAGGUCGGAACCGAAGACUGGGUACAGUGUAAUGAGUCUCCCAUUAAGAUCUGUAAAUACCCCGUGUCCGGCCUGUUCGAGAGUCACUCCUAUUAUUUCCGUGUGCGUGCUGUUAACGCUCGUGGCAUCAGCAGACCUUCCAGAAUGUCUGAACCUGUCGCUGCCGUGGAUCCUUCUGAGUUUGCCAGACUUCAGGCUACAAGACUUGGGGGAAAACUUGAUGUUGUUACGUAUCACGAUGAACUUGAAGCUGAGGGAACAGCUCCUGGAGCUCCAUCCAAUGUCUGCGCUUCUGAGACUGAUCGAACGUAUGUUGUGCUCAGCUGGAAGGCCCCAGUGUACCACGAUAGAGCCCCCAUGUGGUACUACAUCGAGAAGACUCUGGUUGGCAGUAACUCCUGGCAGAGGGUGAACACUCAAGUGCCAGUGCGUUCGCCGCGCUACGCCGUCUUCAACCUGGCCGAAGGGAAGGAGUACCUGUUCCGCGUGCUCUCGGCCAACAUGUACGGCAUCAGUAAGCCUUCCGAGCCCACGGGGCCCAUCAAGACUCAAGAGCUGCGUGGUGUUCCUUCGGCUCCUGGUCAGGUUGUGGCCACAAGAGAAACCGAUACAUCUGUUCUGAUCCAGUGGGCCCCUCCAAAGGAGCCUAAUAACCUCAUCGGCUAUUAUAUUGACUUGUGUGUUAAAGGAUCAAAGAACUGGGUCUCUGCCAACCACAAGCCGCACAACAAGACAGAGUUUGUCGUUCACGGCCUUAAAACCGGUGAGUCGUACGUGUUCCGCGUGCAGGCCAUUAACGAGCUGGGUCUCAGCGAGGAGUCUCAGGAAUCGGCACCGCUGACUGUCAAAGCCGCUCUCAAGCUUCCCUCGAUUCCCUACGACAUCGCGCUCCUCCACUGUGAUGGCCAGUCCAUGGUACUCAACUGGAAGCGUCCUGUCCGCUGCGGGGGUGCCGACAUCAAAUCCUAUUACAUCGACAAAUGCAAUGUAGCUAAAAAAGUGUGGCAUGAGGUCAACGUCCCACCCAUUAAGGAGAGACUAUACAAGGUUCCAAACUUGACUUCUGGUGCAGUUUAUCAGUUCAGAGUUUAUGGUGCUAAUGUAGUUGGCUUGGGUGAUGCAUCUGCUCCAUCUGCUCCAUUCAAAUGUGAGGCGUGGAACAUGCCUGAGCCAGGUCCAGUCUAUGACCUGAGCGUCACUGAGAUCAGAGAUGACUCUCUGGUUGUGGAGUGGAAGCCUCCUGUUUACAGCGGUGCCAGCACCAUCACUGGGUACUAUGUGGACAAAUGCAAGGCAGGUACUGACACCUGGACCACUACUAACGCCAGCGCUGUGAACCACUGCUACCUAAAGGUGAAUGACUUGGAGAUGGGAUCAACGUACGUUUUCCGUGUGCGUGCUGAGAACGCCCAGGGCAUUGGAAAAGCUUCAGUGUCCUCUGACCCAGUGUGUGCCAAGGCACUUCCAGGUGCUCGGGAAAUCAAGUGCGGAGUGAACAAGGAGACUGGGGAUAUUUAUCUGUCUUUCGAGAGCUGUCAAAUCUCAGAGAAAUCCCAGUUUGUGUGGAAGAAGUCCUAUGAAGAAAUCACCGAUUUCUCCCAAGGAAUUGCAGUUAAAACCACAGACAGUUGCUCGACUCUGUUGUUCAAGAACCCAGACAAAGAAGACGUGGGCGUUUACUCCAUUUCUGUCACCCACACCGAUGGAGCUUCAGCCAGUUAUAAAAUCUCAUCAGAAGAGCUCACGAAAAUGCUGGCGCUCAGCCACGAGAUCCGCCAUCCGAUUAUUCCUCUGAAGACCGAGCUGGCAUACAAAAUUUUGGAGAGGGGUCGUGUGCGCUUAUGGCUGCAAGCUGAGAACAUCUCCUCUGCUGUGACCUACAAAUUUUUCGCCAAUAACAAGGAGCUUGUCAACUGCGAGCAAACUAAAAUGAAACACGACGUAGCCACGGGCAUUAUUGAGAUGGUGCUCGAUCACUUCACCCAGGACAAUGAGGGGACGUUCACCGUGCAGAUUCAGGAUGGAAAAGGAAAAGGCCAGUCCUCUUUAGUGCUAAUUGGAGAUGCUUUCAAGGCAGCUCUGGCUGAGGCGGAAUAUCAGAGGAGGGAGUACAUCCGUGUGAAAGAGGGACCUCAUUUCAGCCAGUUCCUGUCUGUUCAGGUUGGCGAGGAUGCCAGUGUCAGCAUCAUCUGUAAGGUGGCUAAUCUAAAGAAAGAGUCUGCAUUCCACUGGUUUAAGAACGACGUGGAGGUGAUACCUGACGUGCCCGCUGACCUGAGCUCCGGAGCCUGUAAACUCCCCCUGUCUCUGUUCUCCAAGAAGGAUGUGGGUGUGUACAAAGCAACGAUCAGUGAUGACCGAGGAAAAGAUGAGUCUCAUGUUGAUAUUUCUGGGAAAGUCUUUGACAACAUCAUUAGCCAGCUCUCGCGUAUCGCUGGGUCCAGCGCGUCCGAGUUGGUGAUCCAGUCAACUGCUGAGGGCAUCAUGCUGCAGUGCCAUAUGAAAUAUUACACAGAGGAAAUGAAGAUCAACUGGUUGCACAAGGAGAAGAAAAUCACUUCAUCUGAAAGGAUGCGUGUUGGUGGUAUGCCAGCUAUGGCUAAUCUGGAGAUAGUCGAACCUACUGAAAAGGAUAAAGGAGUAUAUUCCUUUGUGAUGACAGACACAGAGAAGACGUACACUCGCACUUUUGAACUGUCUGGGCAAGUCUACGACAAUGCCUACGCAGAGUUCCAGAGACUCAAAGCGGAAGCAUAUGCUGAAAAGAAUCGCGGCAAAGUCAUUGGCGGGCUUCCUGAUGUUGCAACCAUCAUGGAAAAGAAGACCCUGAGCCUGACCUGCACAGUUUGUGGUGAACCGAAACCACAAAUCACCUGGUUCAAGAAUGACCAGGAGGUGGAACCAGGCGACCAAUACUCGAUCUCGCUGGACUCGGGCAAGUUCGCCAGUCUCACUAUCAAGGGCGUGAGUUUAGACGACUCAGGCAAGUUUACCAUGUGCGUGCAGAACAGAUACGGUGGCGAGUCAGUGGAUGUCAUUGUCAGUGUCUACAAGCACGGCGAUAGGAUGCCUGACAUCAAGCCUUCACCUGCACCUAAGAAAAUAUUACCCCCAACUCUGCCGAUUGUUCUCCCUACCCCCAAGGCGACUAGCCCCACCCCUGCACCUGCCCCCGCCAAGACCACAUCCUUAGGUGCCAAAUCAGCUGGCAUGAAGUCCCCAGCUCCUUCCAGGAGGAAGUAAACUGUCCUAUUCGUGACAAAAAGAAGCAGCAGGAAACAGAAUACUGGUACAUUGAAAGUUACAUUAAAAAAAAGAUGCCAUUUUUCAUCAUUGAAGUUGUUUGGAUUUAUAGGAUCUAAAAAGUAAAGUUAAAUAAAUAAAAGUGAAAAUUUAGAAGAUGGGGGACAGGGUAUAUUAGAUUCCUUUCCCACUGCCCACAAAAUGAAGUGCUUAACCGUUUGGCAUCUGGCUUACUUAAGCUGUGUGGGUUUCUAAUGGAUUUGGCCGUCUCUGCCUGGAGGUCCUUUGGUGAAAAAUGGCCAGUGUUUUGAUGUUUAUUCUAUUUAUCUCUAUUUUUUCAAAAGCUUGCACUUUCAGUCAGGUGGUGGAAUCUUGAGGCAUUUGGAUGGAUGGCCCACAGAGUGCUGGGUUUCUGCUACAGCACUUCAGAUAAUCCUCUUCUCCUCCAUUGUUCUCUCCUUUCCUCACCUUCAUGACCUUCUGCCUGCAUUUGUGUUAUUAAAAAAGGUGUAGUAAUCAUUUUCA